ACAAGAACCCCCGAGAUCUGAUGCUUCCCGCCAUCACCAUGGAAACCGAGGCCAGUCACAUGCUGGAGGCAGCGCUGGAGCAGAUGGAUGACAUCAUCGCAGGUUCACGAGCGGCAGCCGUGGAGUUUUCUAACAACAUGUAUGACCUGGGUUCUCCCACAAGCACCAGUCCUCUGCAUGUGGUCCAGUUGGCCGAGGACCUGAAACUCGCCUUGGAGCUCCAACCCAACCAGGACGAGAGAGACAGUCUGAGAGCUCAGUUACAAACAGAGACGGCACAGGCUCUUAUCGACUGGCUGCAGAGCGGAGCUGUGAACUCGUGUUCUCCAGCCAACAAUGAAACCUACCAGGACCGACUGCUCCGCCUAGAGGGGGACAAGGAGUCUCUGGUGCUGCAGGUGAGCGUUCUGACCGACCAGGUGGAGGCACAGGGCGAGAAAAUCCGAGACCUAGAAAGUUCUCUGGAGGAACACCGGCAGAAACUGGCCUCCACUGAGGAGAUGCUGCAACAGGAGCUGAUAAGCAGGACGUCUCUGGAGACUCAGAAGCUGGAUCUGAUGGACGAGGUGUCCUGCCUCAAACUGAAGCUGGUCGGCAUGGAGGAGACACACACCGACACACAACCACAAGAUGCUGUGGACACAAAGCAGAACAAAGCCGAGUGUGUGGUAAAUCUCAUCAGUGAGCUCCAGGAGCAGAUGUGCAGGUUUCAGGCAGAGAUCAGCACUCGCAUCCAGGAGAAACGGGCCCUGGAGGAGCGGGAGGCCCAGCAGGGGGAGCCCAGAGGCAGCCAAGCCCAGGGCCAGGGCCCUCAGCCUGGGUUAGCCGGCUCUGACCUUAGCCUCCCCGGCUCUGACGCCUGGAUGCACAAUGGAGGACAGACUGUACACGAUCUGUUACAAGAAGUGAAGCAGCUGAAAAGCAGAGUGGACGAGCUGGAAGGAGAGAAGAGUCGAUACGAGAAGAAGCUACGAGCAACAAAGGUGAAAACCCGUCAACGAGUUCGUGAGCAUCAUCAGCUCGUCCUGAACAAUCUCAUCUACUAA